CGUGGGUGGGGAAUCAUCCCACUGCCACACGUCACCAGCAGUGCCUUCUAUCCUUCAUUCACGUCUACUCUUCAUUUCUUUUAGGAUUUUAGCUGCAAAGAGCAGUCUGUUGGAACCGAACUUCGAGCGUCCAGCCAGGGACAGUGGGAAUACGAUAGACAAGUAGUCCCCAACACCACCUCUAUUAGCGCGUCAGCAUGCCUAUCUGGAAAAGGUCUCGAAGCUCCAGCGAGGCUGGCAUUGAUCCAACAUUCCGCUAUGAGACUUCAUGGCUCCUCUCCCCUAGUGUGCUCUUCAUCCUUCGAGCGCUGUUUUCUCUUUACGCCUUCACGACCAUUUUUACAAUUUUUGGGUACAACAAUAGCCACGGGCAGUCGGAAAACUCAAGGCAUUCCUUCUCGUUCUUCACCAACUUAACUUAUUGGGGUCUUGCUUUCUACUAUGCUUUCGCCGCGCUGCAUACUGGUAGUUAUUGGUUGAAAGGGCAACCUUUCCUGAGCAGUUGGCCCCGCCCUUUGCAACUUGCCCAUGGAAUGUUUUAUAGCACCAUUGUUAUAUUCCCAUUCAUUGUUACCAUUGUAUACUGGGCCCUACUGUAUUCCGGGCAUUUCACUGACGCGUUCACAACAUGGAGCAACACUUCCCAGCACGCGCUCAAUUCGGUUUACGCCCUCUUCGAGAUUGUGUUCCCAAGAACGAAACCGCUGCCGUUCCUCCACCUCAUAGUUAUAAUCGUUAUACUGGCUCUCUAUCUCGGGCUAGCUUACCUUACGUACGCGACCGACGACUACUUCGUCUAUGACUUCCUCGACAGCACGACGAAUUCGCCGGAGAAAGUGGCUGGAUAUAUCAUUGGGAUAUUGGUUGCAGCUGUCAUCAUAUUCCUCAUCAUCCGAUACUUGAUCAUGCUGCGGGUCUGGUUUACAGAGAAACCGGGAAGGACUGGGGAAUUCACCACCCAUAGAGGGGUCAGUUUGGAGGAGGAAGCGGAAAAGGGCAAUACCAUGCACGACGUCAGCGCCAAGUAGUGGCCGAAGCAGUUCUAACCACGUGCUUGUUUUAUUGAACGCCUUCCCGGUCGUCCCGUUUUCUUUCGUACAAUACACUACAUUAAUAAUCG